AUGCCUCCCCCGCCGAAACCAAAGCCGCCCCAAAAGCUGGUAGUCGCGAUGAACAGCCUGCGAAACACGACCUUCUCCGUGACCGACGACAAGUUCUACUACGAGGUUGUCACGCGCUACUGGCACGCGAACCUGACGCGGAUCAUCAAACACGACUUUGAGACCCGCGAGCUGACGCCGGUAGCCGAGAUCGAGGGGCUCCAGACCAAGGAGCCCCGUGUCAGAUUCGUCGGCGACGAGAAGGACGAGUGGAUGUCCGCAGCGGACUUUGUCAAGUUUGAGCAGGACAAGCCAGGCGGCACCUUCUCUACCGGAGCCGGAAUAGUGUAUAGGUGGAAAGUUAACAAGGGUCGCCUCCAGUUGGUGCGCGCAGACGAUCCGGAAGAAAAACCCAUGGCCGAAUUCCAUCCGCACAAGAGGCAUUUCUGGGUCUUCAGAAUGUCGCAGCAUGCGUUCUUCGAGAUCCAACCACAGCCUGAAGUAACGGAGGCUCUAGAUAGACUGAUUGUGAGCUACCUGCUUGUUGAGAGGAGGCGUAGGCAGGCAGGGAUCAGAGUA